CCUCGUGAAAGUGAACGUGCACGCUAUUAUUAUAUAUACAAACAGAUGUGAGUACGCAUUAUAAAUAUUGUGCACAUAAUAAUACAACACAUCAAUAAGGAGACUGACCUGAUCUGACAGGAGAUGAGACGAGAGCCGUCGCUAGGGUUCUUCUUCUUCUUCUUCUAUAUUUGCUAACCUUGUGGCUCUCGGCUUCAACCACAAUACUCUUUGUCUUGUCAUGUUUGGCCUACUUUCUAGCAAAAAUAGAUUGCUGCGCUGAUUCGACAUAAUUUUAUUUUAUUAAUUGGAAAAUUUCGUGCAAAUUUAGACCUUCGUUUCAUUCUUUUUCAAGUAAUCCUGAUUCAGUUCUCUGUUUUUUCUCACCUGUUCAACUUCUUUCCGUUUUGAACAUUUGUUUUGUAUUUUUCUAUGUAGACUGACUGCUCACGUGCUUCUUAUUCCUGUCUAUUGUUACCAUGGUAGUACUAUUACUACUGCUUUUUCAUGUCUUUUAUAGUUUACCGACAGCUUUUUGACCAAUCCACCGCUGUGGGCACGAGUUCAUGUUUCUUAAUAGUUUUGUGAAUCGUCUGAUUCCGCCAUAUUCUCACAUUUUGUAACGGCGGCAUUCUGAGCCAGUCGGCAAGACUGUAGCAGCCCUCUGGGCCAAUAGGUGCUUACUAGAUGGCAAAUUCAAAAAUCUGGCGGAAUUUGACAUUUUUCAAGGUAGCACUGUUGUUGAGCGGGAACACUACAACCUACCGCGUGCUCUGACGCGACGAUCACGUGUUAGGCUUAUACGUUUGGCUCCUCUCUCACGUUUCCCUCCGGACGCGCUGUACCAUCUAGCGGUGCCGCCGUGAAGUUCGAUGCCCUACCAUUAGACCACGGAUUACCCAGUGACGCAAGUUGGUGGAAAAACGGUCAGGGACAGGCACACAUAAGUAGAUACCGGAAAGUGCGUCAAGUAUCCUAAGAAUGCUAGUCACUGUAAAGGUCGCUAAAUUUAGCGACCAGCACUUGUAAGGGGAAUUACUUACAUUUGUGUAGGCUUUUCCAAAUUCCAAGAAUCAAAUCAUGCACGUGUGUGACGGAGACUGGCAUCCCAGUACCUUUUACUGGGCUCUUUAGUCAUUAGUGGCAGUGCUAAGCAGCACUACAGAGGGUGAGAUAAAAGCAAAGGAAAGGCAUCCAAGGACAUGCUCCAGCAUGUAAGAAAAAAUGAAACGAGGUGAGUAAACAGUAAAGCACGACAGAUAAGGUAGAGCGCUCUACCUCCCUCCGCGCACCCCUUUAAUUUUUCUUACGCGCUGGAGCAUGUCCUUGUCUAAAUUCAAACUAGACCAAAACUCGCUUCCUUAAAGGAGAGACAUCCAUAUCUAUUGAGCGACCGGGCUGAACAAACAGCCGAUUAUAAGCGGACAAAGAUGAAGGAAAAUUGGCCACGAGCGCUGGGGAUCACGCGCGCGGAGCGAGCGGCUUCAAGAAGACCUCCUGCUGCAAGCGGCGGAACACGGCGUUCUCUGCUGCAAGAAGUUGGGACGAGCCACCGCAGCGAGAAAGCAAAGCCAGUCAUGGGCAGGGUGCGGCGCUCCGGAAGCUUCGCGUCGCUGAUGCUGCCACUCCGGUUCCGGCCUUCGACAGACCGGGGCUCGCUCAGCGCGACCGACACCCAGAUGCAGAACAUGGUCGUGUUCGGCUUCGGUCGCUUCCAGAGGUUCGUGCUGCUGUGCGCACAGAUCACCGCGUUCGUGGCCUACUCGCAGAGCAUCGCCGUAGCCAACGACCUGGAGCCCGUGAACCACUGGUGCCGCCAGGGCAGCGAGUACGCCAACGUGAGCGCCGACGCCUGGAAGGAGCUGUACCUGCCCCGCAGACCGGACGGCCUAGGAUACGACAAGUGCCACCGCUACGAGACGCCACUUGCGGCGCCGGUAUCUGCUGCCACGGAGGACCCCGCCGCGGUAAACUCGACGCGGCUGGUGGUCGCCUGCGACGCGUGGGACUACGACACGGGCAGCACGGGAUUAACCGUGCUGGUCUACUGGAACAUCGUGUGCGACCGCUCCUGGUACCGGUACUUGUACCAGGUGGCGUUCAUGUGCGGCGGCGCGCUGUCUGUCCCAUGCGCGGGCCUGGCGUCCAACCGCUGGGGCCGCCGGCCUGUCAUGUGGGUCUCGGUGUGCGCCCUCCUGUGCGCGAGCAGCGCCACCUGUCUGGCGCCCACGCUGAUCGUGUUCCUGGCGCUGCGAUUCGUUGCCUCGGCGGCCGUCAGCGUGCUGGAGGUGGUGUCCUUCGUGCUGCUCUUCGAGUCGACUCCCACGGGACCCCGAGAGCCCUUCUGCGCGCUCGCCAUCUGCUGGCCCAUGGUCCUCGCGCCCGUGUUCGUGGUGACGGUCGCGUACAUGGGGUUCAACUGGCGCGUGAGCCACGCGGGUCUCACGCUUCCCGCGCUGUUCCUGCUCUGCACGGUGUACGUGACUGAGGAGUCCCCGCACUGGCUCAUCGUCAGCCACCGCUUUCGCGAGGCCCGCCGAGUGGCUCUGUGGGCCGCCCGGCUGAACGACGAAGACCCCGACGUCGUGAUCGAGCGACUCGAGAAGGUCAAGGAGACGCUAGCGUCCUCCGCGUCAGCUGGAAGCUUGGCGGAAGCGGACGGAGUGGCGUCUGCCAACGCCGUACGGGAAGCGGAACACGCCGCCGGCAUGCGCCAUACGGCACGGCGAAAGCAUUUGGGCUACUUCCGGUCGCGCGCCAUGCUGGCCCACUGCUUCGUCGUGUUCGGCUGCUGGUUCAUGGUGAACGUGAACUACUAUUUCCGCAGCCUGGACGUGCCGCACCUGAACUUUAUUAAGUGGGUCGUAAUCGCGUGCAACGUGCCGGCCAUGACGAUCGCCUACUUCAUCAUCAGGCACCACGGCCGCCUGGCGCCUCUGGUCGUCUUACUGGUGGCCGUGUCGGUCCUGCUGCUCUUCAACACCGUGGUCCGGUUCCUAGGUCUUAACUUCCCGUCACAGCUGGGCCUCAUGUGGCGUAUGCUGCUCCUCAACAUCGCCUAUGUCCUGCUCUGCAUACACACCGUGUCGCUGUUCCCGACGCAGGUUCGCAGCGUGGCCUUCUCCUGGGCGUACACAUUUGGCCGGCUGGGCGCCAUGACGGCCGAGGCGUUCCAGGUCGUCGAGUCGGUGCUGCGCUACGACAUGGGCGCGCUGCCCAUCGGAGUGGCGGCCUUGAACCUGCUCGUCUUCUCCCUUCUGCUGCUGACGCUGUCCGACAAGACGCUGCUCGACAUCGUGACGCGCGUGGACGUGAUCAACGCCGCCGGAGCGCCGCCGCCGGUGAAGAAGCGCAAGAUCUCGCCGGACUCCUUGUUUCCGAAGCAGUAG